AGAGGAGGAGAAGGUAGCUACAUCAAGCUGGGAACCAGGCCGAACCAAAGGAUAUCAUGAAGUUUCCAGGGCCUUUGGAAAACCAGAGAUUGUCUUUCCUUUUGGAACAGGCAAUCUCUAGGGAAGCUCAGAUGUGGAAGGUAAAUGUGCCGAAAAUGCCUACAAACCAGAAUGUUUCUCCAUCCCAGAGAGAUGAAGUGAUUCAGCGGCUGGCCAAACUCAAGUACCGAUUCAACCUUUACCCAGAAACAUUUGCUCUGGCUAGCAGUCUUUUGGACAGGUUUUUAGCUACUGUAAAGGCCCAUCCAAAAUAUUUGAGUUGUAUUGCAAUCAGCUGUUUUUUCCUAGCUGCCAAGACUGUUGAGGAAGAUGAGAGAAUUUCAGUACUGAAGGUGUUGGCGAGAGACAGUUUCUGCGGAUGUUCUUCAUCUGAAAUUCUGAGGAUGGAGAGAAUUAUUUUGGAUAAGUUGAACUGGGACCUUCACACAGCCACACCAUUGGAUUUUCGUCACAUUUUCCACGCCAUUGCAGUAUCAAGUAGGCCUCCGUUACUUUUCAGUUUGCCUAAACUGAGCCCAUCUCAACAUUUGGCAAUCCUAACCAAGCAACUACUUCACUGUAUGGCCUGCAACCAAUUUCUACAAUUCAAAGGAUCCAUGCUUGCUCUGGCCAUGGUUAGUUUGGACAUGGAGAAACUCAUUCCUGAUUGGCUUCCCCUUACAAUUGAACUGCUUCAAAAAGCACAGAUGGAUAGCUCCCCGCUGAUCCACUGUCCGGAGCUUGUGGCACAUCACCUUUCUGCUCUGCAGUCUUCCUUGCCCUAUGUCUACCGUCCCCUCAAGCACACCCUGGUGACCUGUGACAAAGGAGCGCACAGAUUACAUCCCUCCUCUGUCCCAGGCCCAGAUUUCUCCAAGGACAACAGCAAACCAGAAGUUCCAGUCAGAGGUACAGCACCCUUCUAUCAUCAUCUCCCAGCUGCCAGUGGGUGCAAGCAUGCCUCUGCCAAACGCAAAGUAGAGGAAAUGGAAGUGGAUGACUUCUAUGAUGGAAUCAAACGGCUCUAUAAUGAAGAUAAUGCUUCAGAAAAUGUGGGGUUUGUGUGUGGCACUGAUUUGUCAAGGCAGGAGGGACAUGCUUCCCCUUGUCCUCCUCUGCAGCCUGUGUCUGUCAUGUAGCUUCAGGUGUUACCUUUAAGUGCAAGCUGAGGUCUACUACUCUGGGAGCAGGAGCAUGGAAGACCAGGGAAGGUAUAUACUGAGUCAGGCUGAUUUGAAGUGAGCCAGAAAAGAAACAAAACCAUUUAUUAGUGUGGCCAAUUAUAAUUCAACAUUAUUUAAGCACUUAAAGACCAAAUAAAAGUAUAAAAUUCAAAAGAUCCAACAAUUUUAAGUAAAAAUUUUCUUUGUAGUAUUUGUCAGUUCUGCCAUUUACUCCGCUAAAAUGUAAUGUAGGCUCCCCAUGUUAAAAAUUCACAUUCAGUGUUGUGUUUGUUUAAGUCCCAAAAUUCAUAGCUAGCAAACCCUGUCCCAUGUCCUGAUUUAAUUUUCCUCUUGCUUUUGCUUGCUUUUUUAUUGAAUACUUAAUGAAUUUUAUGCAUGUUGAUCUAUAGCCUGACCUCCACUGAUUAGGAAACCUUCAAAAUUAUUUUUUUAGCAAUUCAGUGAACAAAUUAUUUCAGAUUGACAGCCAUAUUUAAUCCAUGAUUCAAAUUCAAAUUAAUCUGAAAAGGUACUUCAAAAUUGCCCCAAAUGAAUCAGAGAU